AUGAAUUGGAUAAUUUUCGCAGCCGUUUUAGGAUCGGUCUUGAGUCAGCAGACAUCAGAGCCAAACAUUGAUGUAUUUUUCGGCACAGAAAACGGAGGUAAUGUGUUUCCUGGAUCAACCAGACCGUUUGGAAUGGUUAAGAUGGGGGUCGACGUUAUCGAUUCUUCAGCUGGUGUUGUGUUUUCUGGAUAUGCCAAAGAUGGAAACGUCGCGGGCAUAUCCAUGAUGCAUGAAAGUGGGACCGGAGGCUCACCAGAAUAUGGGGUAGUUUCCCAAUUGCCAUUGAUUGGAGAUAUCGACUAUUCGAGUCAGAGCAGUCUUGGUAGAUCUUCAGAUGAUGUGGGGUCGGUGGGUUAUUACUCAUGCAACUUCAACAACGGAAUCCAAGCUGAAUUCGCAGCUGCAGAUAGGUCUGGUAUCUAUCAAUAUAGCUUUCCAGAAAAUAACGAACCCAAGGUCAUGAUCAAUGUAACUCAUCAUUUGGCAAAUUCUGAUAAACCAUACUGGUCACAGUACUUUGUCAACGGAUCAAUCGAAGCAAAUAGCGAUAAGAAUGGUUACGAAGGUCAAGCAACUUUCACCGGAGGAUGGGCCUGUCAAGAUCCAUGGACUGUUUACUUCUGUGGUGAUUUCGAAAAUAGUGCCGAUCUGGUAGAGAGUUUUAUUGGGACUAGCAGCUCUGAUUCGAUGCAAGCUUCCACUAAUGCCAACGAGUCAGUAGGAAUUGUAUUUACGUUCCCAUCAAGCCAAUCUACUAUAAGAAGCAGAGUGGGUAUUUCAUUUAUUUCAACUGACCAAGCAUGUCUGAAUAUUAAAACUGAUUUUAAAGACUAUAAUCUCAACAGUACUGUGUCCGACACCAAGACUUUGUGGGAUGACCAGGUAUUUGGUAAAGUGAAUGUGAACAAUAACAACGAAACCCUUAGUAACUUGUUAUACACUGCACUUUAUGGUGCCCAUUUGUUGCCAUCCAACAAGACUGGUGAAAAUCCACAUUGGGACUCAUCUGAGCCAUACUAUGAUGACUUUUUUACUAUUUGGGACACGUUUAGAUGUUUAAAUCCUCUUUUUAACGUCUUAAAUCCUAGCAGGGGUGCCGAAUUAAUCAGAAGCUUGAUUGAUAUUUAUAAACACGAUGGAUAUACUCCAGAUGGAAGGUCUGCUAACCAAAAUGGGAAGACUCAAGGAGGUAGCAAUUCAGACAUAUUGAUGGCUGACGCCUAUGUAAAAGGUGUACACGAUCGUAUUAACUGGGAUGAUGCAUUUGCAGCAAUGGUUAAAAAUGCCGAAGUAACUCCUCCUUACUGGUAUGACUUUAAAGCCCAAGACGCUUCUACAAAAGAAGGUAGAGGCGGAUUGUCCGACUGGAUUGGCCUUGGGUAUGUUUCACGUAAUUAUACAAGAUCUGUUACGAGAACAAUGGAAUUCUCAUAUGAUGAUUUUGCGCUUUCGGUUGUGGCUAAAGGAAUCGGCAAUGACACUGCUCAUGACAAGUAUUUAAGAAGAUCGGAAAACUGGCAGAAUAUCUGGAACCAUAACGCUACGUCUGGUUCUUGUAAAUACUCAGGAUUUGUACAACCAAAGAAUCCUGAUGGAUCUUGGGCCUACGAUGACUAUGAUCCGCUCUCAUGCGGUAACUGCUAUUGGGGUGACGACGAAUACGAAGGUAAGCCAAUUGAAUACGGAUGGGCCGUUCCACACGAUAUUGCUACCCUUAUUGAGUUCAUUGGAGACAAUGAUACAUUCAUAGCUCGUCUUGAUGACAUGUUUGGUCUUAACGGUCAAGCAUUUGCUGACAUAGGAAAUGAACCCAGCUUUUUAACUCCCUAUCUCUAUAAUUUUGUCAACGCCAACUACAAAACCACUGAAACUAUAAGAUACUUAAUCAACACCAAGUAUUCUACGGGUCCUUCAGGCUUACCUGGAAACUCAGAUGCUGGUGCAAUGCAAGCGUGGCUCUUCUUCGGUCUCAUGGGAUUCUAUCCAGUUGCUGGCACAACCACGUAUCUUAUCUCAUCUCCUUUCUUUUCAAGUGCCACUUUGAACUUGGAGAACGACAAAAAGGUGACAAUUACCGCUUCUAACUUGAGCAAUGAUAACAUUUACAUUCAAAGUGUUGAAAUAAAUGGUGAUUCAUGGAACCAAAAUUGGUUUACUCAUGACGAUAUUUUCAAAAAUGGAGGAUCGAUCCACUUUGAAUUGGGCUCCACUCCUUGUAGAUGGGAUACUGGUGAUGUCCCACCAAGUCCUGGCCAUAUUAUAUAA